AUGAGUGUGUGUGUGUGUGUGUGUUUGUCUCGUGUGCAAGGAAAGCAGUUCGGGGGGGAACAAGGUGAAGACAACAGAGCAGCGGACAGAGGUUUUGGGUGUUUUGUUUUUUUUGUUGUUGUUGUUGUUGUUUUUUUUGGUUGUUGUUUUUUUGUGUGGUGGAGGAGAAGCAGUUUGUGUGGAGAUCCAGACGAGGAUAGUCGAAGCAGGCAGCGCCGGGUUGCUGCUCCACCGCGCGUCCUGGACACGAUCCGGAGCUGCGUCCUGCCCUUUCAUUACCGGUGCUGGUGAGACCGAGGGGUCAACCCCUGCAGAGGCAACACUGAGGAAACAUCAUGGCCUUAGCGGGAUGCCCUGACUACUUCCUACGUCACUCAAACUACCAGGAAAGGAUGGACCGCUCUUCCUCUCGCAGGCCUGAAGAACUGAUUGUUCCAGGCUUUCAGCGCUCAGCUAAUCAAAGUUUGCCACAUCACCACGACGACGAUGUGGACCUGGAGCAGCUGGUGAACGACAUGAACUCCUCCAUGGAGAGUGUGUACUCCACACAGGCAGACACGGCCCUCCUCCUCAACAAUGGCCACGCUCCUCCCCACCACCAUCACCACGUACAGGCUGCCUACCUGGGACAAAACCAGGCUCACCGUCGUCACACCCCGCCCCUGCAUCCUUCUUCCCCCUCCAGGGAAAGGCUGAGACACUCUCAGCCCAUGCACAUCCAGGCUGUCAGGUGCCUGAGGGAAGAGCAGCACUUGCGUCCAGCCUCCCUGCCAGCCAUCCCCAACCCUUUCCCUGAGCUCUGCAGCCCAGCGGGAUCCCCCAUUCUCAGCCCCAUACAGACCUCCGACAACCACAUAGUGAAGGUGUGGAGCGAGGAUGGGGCCGGCAAAGUGGUGGAGAUUCCAGCAGACAUGACAGCCAGAGACGUGUGCCAGCUGCUGGUCUACAAGAGCCACUGUCUGGACGACAACGCCUGGACACUGGUGGAGCACCACCCCAUCCUCGGCCUCGAGCGAUGUCUGGAGGACCACGAGCUGGUGGUUCAGGUUCAAGCCUCCAUGAGCAGCGACAGUAAAUUCCUCUUCAGGAAGAACUAUGCCAAAUAUGAAUUCUUCAGGAACCCCCUGAACUUUUUUCCAGAGCAGAUGGUGGCUUGGUGUCAGGAGUCUGACGGCUCAAUCCCUCAGUCACAGCUCUUACAGAACUUUCUGAACUCGAGCAGCUGUCCAGAGAUCCAGGGCUAUCUGUAUGUGAAGGAGCCUGGACGCAAGUCCUGGAAGAAGCUCUACAUGUUUCUGCGACGCUCGGGUCUCUAUUAUUCUACUAAAGGAACAUCCAAGGAGCCCCGACACCUGCAGCUGAUGUCAGAUCUGGAGGACAGUAACAUCUUCACCAUCAUCACAGGCAGAAAACUUCACAACGCCCCCACAGACUACCAGUUCUGUAUCAAGCCCAGUAAAGUGAGGAGUGACUGUAAGGAGCUGAAGAUGCUGUGUGCAGAGGACGAACAGAGCAGGACCUGCUGGAUGACUGCUUUCAGACUGUUCAAAUAUGGGAUAGUGCUGUAUCAGAGCUACAACGUGCCCCAGCAGAGGAAGUCGAACCUCUCGCCUUUCUCUGCGCCUGUGCGGAGUGUAUCUGAGAACUCCCUGGUUGCCAUGGACUUCUCCGGACGGACCGGACGCGUCAUCGACAACCCUGUGGAGGCCCAGAGCGCCGCACUGGAGGAGGGACAGACCUGGAGGAAAAGGAGCCAGCGUAUGAAUGUCCUGGGCAGUCCCAGCCCCCUGCAUCCAUCGUCUCUGAGCACAGUGAUCCACAGGACACAGGUAUGGUUUCAUGGUCGCAUCAUGAGAGAGGAAGCCCAUAAAAUGAUCAUACAACAAGGACAAGUAGACGGGUUAUUCCUGUUGCGGGACAGUCAGAGUAAUCCCAAGGCAUUCGUGCUCACUUUGUGCCACCACCAGAAGAUCAGGCACUUCCAGAUCCUACCGUGCGAGGAGGACGGUCAGGUGUUCUUCAGCCUCGACGACGGCGCCACCAAGUUCACCGACCUGAUCCACCUGGUGGAGUUCUACCAGCUCAACAGAGGAGUGCUGCCCUGCAAGCUCAAACACCCAUGCACCGCUGUGGCCUUGUGACACUCCACCCACCCAAUACCGCCCCAUUUUUUGCACACCUCUCACCCUGAGAUCCCUCCUUCCUUCCCCCCCACCCCCCCCCCCCUGCCCCUCCCUCACCAACACGACUGGGUUGAGGAGAUAGAGAGAAGUUACGUCAUGUUUUUGGGGAUGUGACCAACUCUGCAGGAGCCGGCGUUGGAGCUCUGACGUCCCCGGUGCCCUUCUUUUCUCGGCCUUACUGCUGUUUGGAUGCGUGAAUGAGAAUCUCUGGGACAAUCCAAGUGUUGCGGAUUGUGGACAGCAGUUGCCCAACUCCUGCGAUGUUGUCACGGAGACUCUGUUGUUUUGUCGUUGCCGUUCUGACCCCGGACAAAGACCAACGCUAUGUGAAAAACACAAAACAGCCACAGUAACAUCUUUCCAGCAGGAGUGCUGCGGGUCUCUUGGAUGGAUCCCUCCCUCAGUGCCCCUCACCCUUCACCUCCCACCCCCCUCCUGCCCACCAACCUCCCCCAUCCUCCAGGCCUGAUAAGCUGUGGUGCCCGCCCCACCCUCGCUCCCUCGCCACUGAGGCGAGCGGGGAGCACCACCCCUCUGACUUCCUCAUUGAUCAUCAGGGAUGGACGGGAACCUCUCUGGGUCUUAUCAAACCUGAUCCAGGAGUUUUCUCAACCUGUGCAGUCCAGUCUGGAUAAGCUGACACCCUGCCCCUCCUCCCCUUCCCCCCCCACCUCCACACCAACACCUUUGCGGGCUUGAAAUGGCGUCUCUGCUGUGACCCACAACCCCCUCUGGUGCAACCCCCCGAUCCUGCCUCCACACAAGCUCAGAGAAAAGUGGCGAGAGAAAAGAGAAGAAGCUAAAGGCAAGACGAGCAGAGCAGUGGCGAGGGUUUGCUGAAAGGACAGAGGAAUGUUUAUCAGGAAGGCUGUCACAAGCCUCUCUUGUAGAGUUGAUUACUUGAUGUCAUUUUAAUGCUGUUUUAUUACUGUUGAUUCAAUGCAGAACUAGUUUUGCACUCCUGGGCGGACAGACGACAGCUCUCUAGCUAAAUGAAACUGCCUCCUCUUCCUCCUCCACUCCCCUUCUGAAAAGCAUGCAUGUGAAUUCUCACCAGCUCUGAUUGGAUUUACAGUGGCGUGGGAGCAAAGAGUCACAGCUGAUUAUGCAGUGCCUUUCAGAAAGGUUUAGGAACAUGUUGGACCUCCGUGCGUCUCGUACCAACAAGACCAUAAAUAACAAAUGUGCUCUUGAACCAGCUGCAGCAUCUCAAGACUGUGAGGAAGAGGAGGAAGACUGUUAAAUAGACUCCUGAAAAGUAUGUCCACCCCCCAAGCUUCUACCAUUUCAGUCAGUUUUGUUUUUUUUUUUUUUAAAUUGAAAGGGUUAUAUCUGUCGGUGAAUUUGUCUUUGAAUGUCGUUUUCUUUUUCCUAAGUCUGUUCUGAGCUCACUGCUUGCACAUUUUAAUCAUCCUGAUUUGAUAUCGAUGGGUUGGAGCUGUCACGUUCGGAUUCUGACCACUGUUCCCUCAUACAAAGCAACAAAAGCACUCUCAUAGCUUUUUUUUUUUUUUUUUUUUAAUAUGUUUUGUUUUUUUUUUUAAUAUGGAAUUUGAACAAAAGACUUGAAACGUGACCUCAGUCGACUGUGCGUCAACACACAGUUGAAUGAGGUUCACUCGCCUUAAGUGAAAAUUAUGAGCCUUGUGUAUAAAAUUUAAAAACAAUGUUAAAAUGCACAUACAGCAACACGUUUGGGAUUCUAAGGGGAUAAAAUACCAUUAAGAAUGAUUAUAUGAAGAAUUAUACAGAGGAAUGGUGUGAGAUUCGCUCUCUUGUCGAGAAAAUUGAUACUACUUUCAUCGCUAAAACUCGCUCGCUGGUCUCUGCCUGAAGGUAACGAGAUCUGUGGCGUAAAUUUCGUCAUCUGUCUGACCCACAGCGUUCAGCCCAGUAUCUGUGUCCGCAUGACCACUACGCUAGGAGCCUGCAGGGGAGUAUAAUGAAGGCCUAAAGCUCUCUAAUUAACAUGUUAUAUCUUACUUAAACAAUAAUUUGUGGAGGAUAUGUGUUAUACUGUUUCUUGACCAGGUACAAUGACUUCCUAAGCCAUGCUAGCAGACUGUGCAGCAGCUUUACAACAGACCAACAUGUCUUUAUUCGAGGACUUAACACUGACAUGACAUAAAGGCGUGACUGUGGUAUCAAUCUUCUCAUCUGAUUCUCAGCAAGAAAGCAAAAAAGUGUUUUCCAAAAAUGUCUUUCUUGAAAGUAAAAAAAUUCGCUUCAAUGUGAUUUAGAAAACAGGUACUGGUGAUCUCACAUCGGACUGAAGUGCAACAUCAUGUCCAGAUAUUUUCCAUCAGCUGCAUGGGAGUUGUUGUUUUUUUAGCAUCAGUGGUGUCAGUCCCUCACAGUAAAGCAUUAAGGGCUUCUUUCUUGAAACUGAACUGAACAGACUUUUAUUUUUUUUCAACAGUCAUACAGCAAGAAAUCCAUCAAAACAGGGGCAGAGGAAAACAACACUGCAUACAUGUUGCAUUUUCAGUGUUGAAAUUUGCUGAAAAGUUGAUUAACAGGUUCCCAAAUGGGAGUACGUUGCUACUUUUAGCAAAGUGAAUAUUUGGUUUUUAAACUGUUGGUCGGAUGAAAAAAGCAAUUUGAAGGUGUCACCAGAUUUUAUUGACCAAAUUAUACAUCAGUUAACCAAAAUGUUUAAAACUAAGCGAUCCUAAAAAUAAUCAAUCAUUGCACCCCUGGAUGAUAUGACUUGCAUGCUCAAUAUUCUUGUGUCUGCAGCUCUAGUUGAAAACAACUUGAUAAUGUGUCUUUCUGGUAAUUGUUGAAAGCAUUCUGGGAAGGGAAGUAAAAAGGAGACGGAGUCAGGUUGUGCUCGGAGAAGUCAGUCCGCCGACAAAAUAGACUGACGCUAAAGUAGUCUGUUCUUACUUAAUGUGUAGGAUAAAACACCCCACUCUGGCGCCCUCCAGUGGUUUAAAAAAAAAAGACACUGUAGCAUACGCACUAAGACUGAAUGGAGUUAAAAGCAGCACAUAGACGACAGCUACAACUACAUUUUUACACACAGGAAAUAUUAGAAUAACUGUUUUCCCAUCCGUGUAAAAAGUCCACUCAAAGACGCUUUUACAGAGUUGAAUUUUUCCCCCCGCUUUGUCCAUGACAGUGAUCAUAUUGACAGGACAAGACAACGGGAAAAAGAGGCAUGUUUAGCUUGGUCCUCAACCCCUCCUGUCCUCAGCUGCACCUCCUACAUCCAGAUUGGCAGUGAGCGGGGUUACCACGAGGCCAUCGGAUUCCCUGCCAGGCUAACUAAACUCUCACUAAGUACUGUCAUUGACACACAAGCCACUGCCGCCACCAGUCAACUAAUCACGUGGCUUUAACCAACUCACCAGCUCUGCGCUCCACCAAUCAGGCCUUUCCAGUCAGUCAGGGCAGACUCUCUCCAGGGAUUGGAUAAUGCUUGAACCCCCCUGCCCCCCUCUCCCACUCGUGUCCAGCCUGUAAGCUAUGACCCUGUGGUGAAUAUGUGUGCACGGUGUGUGUGUGAGUGUGUGUGUGUGUGUGUGUGAGUGUGUGUGCGUGGACGGCCAGACUGUUAUAUUCACUCUUCAGGAUUGCUAACUCUGCUGGUUAUCAUACUUGCCUUUUAGAGACAGUAGGAAGAAGGUUGCUUGUCGGUUGGGUAAAGUCAAGACAGGAGUUUGGCUGGAGGUAUCCCAGCAUUCCCAGUCCUCGUCUGAGGGUCUUUCCUGUCUGUCAGAGAGGGACGCGAAGCCACGUCGCUAUGUAUCAGCGGGGACGAGUCACCGUUCUCUCCUCCUCCCUCCAUUUUUAAUCACUGUGCUACAAUGCAAUCCUUUACACAAGUCCAAUUAUAUGAAUAUACCAGUAUAAAGUAUCAUGUGUUUUCUAAGUAUGUGAAGCUAUGGAGAAGAUGUAGAUCUAACACUGUACCUAGGUCACAGAUCACUAUGUAUGGGGUGUUAUGCUUUUGCUCAUAACUCCAUGUAAAAUGAAGAAUGAUUUAUUUUG